AUGGCAAAUAAAUUUUGUUUUGAAGCCUUAGAUAUGACCUUGCGAGAUAUCCUCCGAGUGAAAUAUGAAAACAUCUUAGAUAAACCAUUUGGAGGCCUUACAAUCGUAUUUGGUGGUAAUUUUCGUCAAAUACUACCAGUGAUUCCAAAAGGAACACGAGCUGAUACUCUAGAUGCAUCACUCAAAUCCUCAUAUUUGUGGCCAUUCUUUACAGUUUAUGAGCUAAAACAAAAUAUGCGACUUUGUUGUGGAAGAGUAUCUGAUUCUGAGGCCGCUGAAAUUACUACUUUCGAUAAAUGGUUGUUACAAAUUGGUGAUGGAUCCUUUUAUAGUGAUGUUGACAAUGACCUUAUUAAAGUGCCUACUGAUAUAUGUGUAAUGCCAUCCAAUGAUCCAAUCGGGUCAAUCAUCGAGGCAGUUUACCCAUCCCUCUUGCAGAAGUACAAUGACCCAACAUAUUUGCAAGAAAGAGCAAUACUUACUCCUAAAGAUGAAAUGGUCCAUGAAUUGAAUGAUACAAUUAUGCAAAUGAUUCCAGGAGAAGGAAGAACAUAUUUUAGCUCAGACAAUGUGUGUAAAGCAAGUAUCAACACUAAUGAUGAAGAUCUGUUGUACCCAACAUAA